AUGUCGUCGAACAAGAGAAGAAAGCUGGACACGGGCUCUGUCAAAGACAGCGACCCUUCACCUCUUAACAAGAAGCCGUCUUCGAAAGGCAAAGCACCGCUCGUGGAAAAGACAUCACCCGAACAACCUUCUCCCAGUCACGAGUCCACGAAGCGCCCACAUUCAGACGUCGAUGAGGACGAAGAUGAGGAUGACGAUGAAGUAGAAGAAGGAGGAAUCGAAGAGGAAGUGCAGGCCAGCGCCGAAGCUGAAGCGGCAGACAAAACAUUCGCAGACUUGGGUGUCACAGAAUCACUUUGCGAUGCUUGCUCUUCGCUAGGCUUUACGAAGCCAACGGCAAUCCAGCGCGAAGCCAUACCCAUAGCCCUCGAAGGCAAGGACAUCAUCGGUCUGGCAGAGACGGGUAGUGGAAAGACUGCGGCUUUUGCGCUGCCUAUACUACAAGCCUUGCUCGACAAGCCGCAGGCAAUGUUCGGCUUAGUGCUCGCACCUACUCGUGAACUGGCAUAUCAGAUCUCGCAACAGUUCGAGGCCCUCGGCAGUCUAAUCAAUGUCAGAUGUGCGGUGAUCGUGGGUGGCAUGGACAUGGUGCCUCAAGCAAUCGCCCUCGCAAAGAAACCCCACAUCGUGGUAGCCACACCAGGUCGACUGCUCGAUCAUCUGGAGAACACGAAAGGCUUCUCACUACGGCAAAUGAAAUAUCUCGUCAUGGACGAAGCAGAUCGUCUUCUCGACCUCGAUUUUGGCCCCAUCCUCGACAAGAUCCUCCAAGUCCUACCCCGCGAACGACGAACGAUGCUCUUCAGCGCGACGAUGAGUACGAAGCUUAACAACCUCACUCGAGCCGCACUGCAGCAGCCCGUCCGCGUCAGCAUAAGUAGCAGCAGCUACCAGACCGUCAAGAACCUCAUGCAGCGAUACGUCUUCAUCCCGCACAAGUUCAAAGACAUCUACCUCGUGUACCUCCUUAACGAGUUCUCCGGCCGGACGUGCAUCCUCUUCACGCGAACGAUCCACGAGACGUCGCGAAUCGCUUUUAUGCUGCGCGCCCUCGGCCGCUCGGCGAUUCCACUCCAUGGUCAGAUGAGCCAGUCUGCCCGCCUCGGCGCUCUGAAUAAGUUCCGAAGCGGCAGCAAAGAAAUCCUCGUCGCCACCGACGUUGCGGCACGAGGUCUCGACAUCCCAUCCGUCGACCUCGUGCUCAACUUCGAUAUCCCACCCGACAGCAAGACGUACGUCCAUCGCGUUGGUCGAACGGCUCGAGCGGGCAAGUCCGGUUUCGCUAUUUCGUUCGUGACGCAGUAUGACAUCGAAGUCUACCAGCGGAUCGAGAAGGCUCUGGGUAAGAAGCUAGAGGAGUAUGCCACGGAGAGGGACCAGGUGAUGGUGUUUGCGCCGAGGGUGGCGGAGGCGCAGCGAGUGGCUAUCACGGAGCUGAAGAAUGAGGCCGACAAGAACGGUGGCAAGGGCAGGGGUAAAGGUGCGGGUAUCGGCGGCGGGAGAGGAAAGAAGGGCAAGCGGGAUGAUAUGGAUGUUGAUGAGAGGUGA